AAGAUCGUCGUCGGGUUGAAUGAAAUGUCCCUCUAAAUCCGCGAGCGGUUCGUGACAGAAGCUGUUCCCGCGCGGAUGAUGCCGGCACGAGGAGACAGAUAAUCAUCAUCAUCAUCAUCAUCAUCUCCGUGUCCAUAGCGAUCGGUCAUCAGCAGGAUGUCGGACUCGGAGAUGUCAGAGUUCGCGAGUAUCGUGGAGCGCAUCGAGAGAGGCGAGGUUCCGAUGAAGAACAUCGAGCGGGAGCUGAUCUGCCCCAUCUGUCAGGAGCUCUUCACGCAUCCGCUCAUCCUGCCCUGCCAGCACAGCGUCUGCCACAAGUGCGUCAAAGAGCUGCUCAUGCCCAACCACGACGACUCGCUGAGCACCGACGCGGGCUCCGAGAGCUCGAACCCGGGCAGCCCUCGCGCCAGAGUCCCGUCCCCCAGCAUGGAGAAGCUGGAGCGCCUGGUGCGAUCAGCUUCACUGAGGAGGUCGUUUGGAGGGAGAGGGUCCAUAUCUUCUCCUGGAUGGAGGCGCUCCUCCGUCACUCCCCGGGUCACCACCUUCCCGUGUCCCGGCUGUCAGCAUGACAUUGAUCUCGGGGAGCGAGGGAUCAGCAUGCUCUUCAGGAACUUCACUCUGGAGAGCAUCGUAGAGCGCUACCGUCAGGCGGCCCGCGCAGCCGUGGCCAUCAUGUGCAACGUCUGCAAGCCGCCCGUCCAGGAGGCCACCAAGAGCUGCAUGGACUGCAAGGCCAGCUUCUGCAACGAGUGCUUCAAGAUGAACCACCCCUGGGGAACGCCCAAAGCCCAGCACGAGUAUGUGGGACCCACCACCAACUUCAGACCGAAGGUGCUCAUGUGUCCUGAGCACGAGAUGGAGAAGGUCAACAUGUACUGUGAGGUGUGCCGGCGUCCCGUGUGUCAUCUGUGCAAGCUCGGCGGAUCUCACGCGAAUCACAGAGUCACUUCCAUGAGCAGCGCCUACAAGAUCCUCAAGGAGAAGCUAUCCAAGAGUAUCCAUUACCUAAUUAGCAAAGAGGACCAAGUGAGGACUCAGAUUUCUGAGCUGGAUGUGUUGAUCCAUCACACUGAGGAGAACGGGCAGCUCGCAGAGAGACGUGCCAAUGAACACUUUGAGCAUCUUUUUGAGACGCUUCAGGAGCGGAAGACGGAGAUGCUGCGCUCCAUCCAGCAGUCGAGGAACCUGCGGGUGGAGCGUCUGCGGACACAGGUGGAGGAGUACCAGGGCAUGCUGGAGAACAGUGGCCUGGUGGGAUACGCUCAGGAGGUGCUGAAAGAGACGGAUCAGUCCUGCUUCGUCCAGACGGCCAAACUGCUGCACGUCAGGAUUCAGAAAGCCACCGAGUCGCUGAAGACCUUCCAGCCUGCGGCGACGCCGUCGUUUGAGGAGUUUGUGCUGGACACGUCGAAGGAGGAGAUCCUGCUGAAGGAGCUGAGCUUCAGCGGCGUUCCUGAGCCUCCAGUGAUCGACCUCUCUCGCUGCUGCGUUUAUAACGAGGGUCUGAUCCACUGGCGGCUGUCUGAAGACUCUCUGCCCACCGAUCAUCACAUUGUGGAGUUCAGGAAGCUGGGGGCUGAGGAGGAUGAGGAGGAGGAACCCUGCUGGAGCGCGACGGAGCGUGUUUACGGCUGCAGCACGGUGGUGUCCGAUCUUUCAAGCGACUCUCGCUACGCUUUCAGAGUGAAGAGCUGCCGUAACGGUGUGUUCAGCCCCUGCAGUCCUGAGGUGACCUUCCACACGCCUCCAGCACCGGUGUUUGGCUUCCUGUUUAACGAGAAGUGUGGGUUCAGUGCGGAGCGGCUGCAGCUCAGCCAACGCAGAGACUCUGUGGAGAGCGUGGCGGGGAUGAGUUUCCUUCUGGCCGCGGAGCGCGUGCAGACGGGGAGCUACAUCUGUCUCGACUACAUCAUCGGCGACACGGGCAUCUCUCACGGACGCCAUUACUGGGCUUUCCGUGUGCAGCCCAACUCAUACAUGGUGAAAGUGGGAGUGGCUUCUGACUCCAAACUAACAGAGUGGUUUCACAACCCACGAGACACCAGCAGCCCCCGGUACGACCAUGACAGCGGUCACGACAGCGGCAGUGAAGACACCUGCUUCGAGGUCUCGCAGCCUUUCACGCUGGUCACUGUGGGCAUGGGUCGGCUCUUCAUCCCCAAAGCGUCCGUCAGCGCCGCCGGAGAUCACAGCAGCCGCGUCCUGCCCAUGCCGCAGAGGAUCGGAGUCUGUCUGGACUAUGACGCGGGUCGCGUGUUCUUCUACGACGCAGACACCAUGCGCCUCCUGUACGAGCGACAGGUGGACUGCUCGGGGACCAUGUACCCUGCGUUCGGGCUCCUGGGCGGCGGAGCGGUUCAUCUGGAGGAGUUCAUCACAGCCAAGCGGCUGUCAUACCUGUGAGGAUCCUGUCGGUGUCUGUUAGUUCUGUUAACCCUGUCUCGUUCUCUUGAGUUACUCGUAACGGUAGAUGGUGGUGUGGGUCGGCCGGUGGUGUGGCGUGUCCCUGUCCUAAUAUACAAGUCCGUCUGGUUUAAGAGCCAAAGCCGAUCUCCAGUGCCUACGUGCCUUCAGUGACAUCAGACCAUCAUGUUUCACGCAGGGCACCUUAAUACACUGAAAUCUAAUGCAAAGCCUCACAACGUCACUUUCUGAAGAAUGUGCACUGAUACUGUUAAUUACUCUUCGUCGUUUACAUGCACAAGCGAUAUGAUUUAAACACAAGAAUUCACUACUGAACACAUGACUGUGCACUAAGUUUGUUUUUAUUGUAGCAGCAUCUGCAAAACACGUUUCAAAGUAAACAAAAUGAAUAAAUCCGUCUGUCCUAGAAUAGCAUGUAGAUUUGAUUGUGUGCAAGAGAUUUUUUCGUACACAAAACCACUUUUUAAUGAAAUGUAGCAUCUGAAUCAAACCGGUGCUGAUCUAACUGAACCUAAAUACGAUUCCUAUGAGACAGACCUGAACACCUUAAAUGUACAUAUGCACUACUAUUGCCAAGGCAGAUGUCUUGACGGGACUAAUAUGGCCUUAUUGAGUAAUCGCAGGCUGGCGCUUCAUUGACCAGAUGACUGGCUAGAAAGGGACUGGACUGUCUUGACCGAGCGGUUCUGCUGGCGCUAUCUUCCUCUGACCGCAGGUGAUCUCGUGGUUCUUCUGUAGCUGUGCUGGACUAGUCUUGUGCUCUGAUCGCCGGCCUACAGAGGAUAUAAACAUGUAGUCAUCUUAAAGUUUGAGCGUUUUGGGACGCGUCCUACUACCUGAUCAGCGUGUUAUUCUGUGGAUAAUUUCCCUCUUUAUCCUUGUCAUUAAAAUCUCAUACUAAUCAAACGUUUUAGACAAUGUGACUGCAUAAAAGGAGACUUGUAUUCUCUGAAGGCUUUAGACGAUUAGAUUGAGCUUCUACAUGUCUGUGAUCGUUUUAAAGAGUGUGUUUGUGUGUGAGAUCAGUGGACUGAAGUACUGAGAGCAUCUUUUAUGAGUUCUAACAUUUCUGUUUGUUUUUGCUUCAUCUCUAUGAAUUGAUUUUCACUCUAUUUUCACAUGUUCACCAUCAUCGGUUUAUUUUGUUGUAUUGGAUGAGAAAUAAUGCACUUGUUCACUUGUUUCAGGUGCGUCACGUCACAGAAUGUGUUUUAGGAGCCUGUAACCAAAUGUUCUGCUGUUUCUUGUACAUGUGUAACAGGGUCUGUAAUCGGUGAGGUUCGUAAUGUGUGGUACUGAGCUUAUGAAUCCUGCUGAAGUUCUUGAGCACUUUAAAGCAUGCGUGAGCUCGAUGCAGGUGUGAUAUAUCACAGGCUUUAGCUGUCUCUCUGUCACCUGCAUCUGCGUGGUUUUAUUUUUAAUGUACUUUGUGGGUUUUUUUGUAUAAAAAUAAAUGAAUGUCCUUUUAGCUGUAUCAGUCAUGUUUCUGUUCCCUCUCAAACGAACUUAUUAAAAAAUAAAAAUAGAAAUGCUGUGACUG